AUGCUAUAUCCAAAAGAUACUAAGCUCAAAAAUAGAUUUGAAUUUGUUGCUGGUGCAACAGCUACACUUUAUAUGCAAAAAAAGCUUAUGAGCAUAUAUAUUGUUUACGAUUCUGUUAUAUUUGGCAUCAAAUUUGAUCAGUAUAUUACGUUAUCUGGAUUCAAUACAAAAUUGUUUGCAAAAGCAUGCGAAGAGUUACCUAUUUCGUCGGGAGAUUGCAGAUUUUUCUUUGAAACUAGUGUAGAAUUUCCGAUUUAUGGCUUACAAUCGGCAGAUAUCGAUGAGAUUCCAUCAAAAAUUGAAAUUUUUCCAUUUUUAGACUUUGAACACAUUUGUUUCUUCACUGCUCGAAUACCAGGAAAGUAUACCAAAAGUCAAAACUCCAGUAAUCAGCCAUUUUCAGCCCAAGGAAGUUAUAAUUCUUUUAGUCAUCAAUCAAUACCACAAAAAGAGUCCCAACAUGCGACAGAAGUAGCCACAAAAAGUGCACAGAACGAUUAUGAUGACGAGGAAGAAGAAUUCAUUCAGCCAGGACAAAGACCAAGAAGUAUAAAUGAACUUGAAGAAGAAGAUGUUGUUGACGUUUUCGAAUGCCCCAGAACCUUGACGUAUUUCCACGAAAAUGAAGAAGAAGAGCAAUACGUUCCAUAUGUUUAUAAAGAACAAACUCAGCCAACUCCAGAAGGAGUUUUUACAAGAUAUCUUUCAUCAUCUUCGGAUUCUUCUGUUCCAUCGUCUUUAAUUGACUAUCAAAGCAAAAAUUCUAAGUAA